AUGCAUACACUUCUUCUCACUAUCACCACUCUCGCCUCCUUUGCCCUGGCCGAGUAUCGACCAGAAGAACGCGUCGUCCUAGCAGACUGUGGUAUCCACCCACCAAAUGGCGAUUCCACCUCACGCCAAAUCAUGUAUUACCACGAUGCGCCAUGGGCAUUCCAAGGAACACGAGGGAAAUGGGUCACACCGGACAUGAUGACCGAUGUCCCCUGGGACGGGUCCUAUCCCUGGCGAACAAAGGGAUUGAAGCGCAAGAUGCCCAACGGCGACGAGUUCACCAUCACGAUUGACCCCUCAAUCCCCGAUUCAAACGAUCGACUGGCCGGGUUCGCAGGACAUACCUUUGAAUCUCAUGGGUUUGGAUGUCGUGCUCAUCACGAGCGCGGUAUCUACAUUCUCGACGAUGGCACGGAAUGCGCGUCUGCGUAUAUCUGCGACCACAAGACCCAGACUCGACCGGGUCCUGCUCCGGCGCCAGCUCCUCCAGCGGGAAAGACGACGUCGUCACUGACUCUCUCAUCUGAUGCAAUCUAUGUGGACAAUUCCAAUCUGUAUAAGGAUAAGCUGAGACUUAUGAGUCCGAGCGAUGCCUUUCAUAGCGUUUAUGAUGCUAUUGAAGGAAACGGAUGCCGGAAAACAGACUUUGCUAUUUCUGACUCCUGCACCAUAUCUUACAAUUGUAUGUUUGCGGGGGAGAAGAACGAUGCAAAGUCUCGCAGUGACGCUGUUGCUAGGUUCUUGCAUGGUACUGCCGGUCCACAGGUUUCGAAGUCUUGGUAUGAGAAGACUACGUACUCGCAGCAGUGGGGAGUUCCAACAUAUUGGAUUGGGUAUAAGUAUCCAAGAAGUGGGCAGAUUGUUAUUACUCAUGACAAUUCCAUCCAGUCGCAGCUUUCUUUCGAGGUCAGGUGUAAAGGAAGUUGGUUUUGUGAUGUUGGCUGUACUGAGGUUACUACUGGGAUGCUUGCUUUGGGUUAUGCCCAGGGCAUGGCGCCGGUUGGUGUAUUUGGCACUUUGACUGCUGGUGCUUGUGGGUUGUUCUGUUGA